AUGACUGUGUUAUUCUUCACACUGUCUGGCCUUGAUCUGUUAAACGCACUAGAUGAGAUAGACGACGCCGAGAGGAAGCAUAUCAUUGACUGGAUAUAUUCCUUACAAUAUUACCCGAAGAUAAGUGAAAACCAGAUGUCAAGAGCAGGAUUCCGUGGUGGUUCAUCCCUUGCCAGCUGCAGGUCAUCAAACAAGUACCUUUCAAACAUUUCCUCCUUUGACUGUGGUCACAUCACCAUGACCUACACAGCGCUAGCAUCCCUAGUCAUUCUUGGUGAUGACCUGAGUCGGGUUAACAGGGAAGCUGUCUUAGCACAUGUUGCAGCUCUGCAAUGUGAGGACGGCAGCUUUUUCUCAACCUUGGGUGGAAGUGAAAACGACAUGCGAUUUAUGUACUGUGCAGCCACAAUUUGCUAUAUUCUACAGGAUUUUUCAGCUAUCAAUAUAGAUGCUGCAAUAAAAUACAUAGUUAAUAGCACGAGUUAUGAAGGUGCGAUGGGUCAAGGUAUUUACUUAGAGUCGCAUGGCGGAAGCAGUUAUUGUGCAGUAGCAACAUUGCAACUCAUGGGAAAGCUUGACUCGGCUCUUUCCAACACUCAGCGCCAGAGAUUAGUCAGAUGGUUAGUUAGCCGUUUGACCAAAGAAGGUUUUCAAGGUCGCCCAAACAAGCGUGCAGAUACAUGUUACACGUUUUGGAUAGGGGCUUCACUUAAGUUGCUCGGGUGCUUGGACCUCCUAGACAUCAGCGCACUGAGGCAGUUUGUGCUCUCAACACAGGAUCCGAUCACAGGUGGACUAGCCAAAUACCCCGACACUCCCCCCGAUGGCCUGCACACCUACCUUGGCAUUAGUGGGCUAGCGCUACUUGAACAAGAUGAACUUCGGACCAUAGACCCAGCAUUGAACAUCAGCCAGAGAGCUCUAAAA